AGUCAGUCACAGCUUUCCUUGAAUCUUUUUCUUUACUUCCUUGCCAAACCCAAAAUCGAAAUCUAAGUUUUCUUUCCCUUAUAAUAAUAUUAAAUAAAUAAAACCUGUGAAUUAAACAUUUUUGAUUCUCUCUUUGAUUUUUCUUUUUCCUUUGAAAACUUAAAAUUUUCCCGGAAAACAAACAAGGCGAAGAAGAUGUUAGAGAAGAUCGGAUUGCCUGCAAAGCCAUCACUGAGAGGGAACACAUGGGUGGUUGAUGCUUCACACUGUCAGGGAUGUAAUUCUCAGUUCACUUUCAUCAAUCGCAAGCAUCACUGCCGAAGGUGUGGGGGCUUGUUUUGCAACAGUUGUACUCAGCAAAGAAUGUUUUUACGUGGCCAAGGUGAUUCACCUGUGCGCAUAUGUGAGCCUUGUAAGAAGCUUGAAGAGGCCACACGCUUUGAGAUGCGACAUGGGCACAAGGGCAGAGCUGGUAGAGGCAGUUCAAAAUUGACAUCAAAGGAUGAGGAUGAAGUUCUGAACCAGAUUCUAGGUAGUGCUAGAGAGGAAUCUUUUUCGUCAGCACGGGAGUCAAACAGUGACUUGGUGUCCAGUAUUCAAAGGACCACUAGCAGCGCAUCCUGUUCGAAUGCUCAAGAAGUUUCUACUCGGGAUGGGGAAGGAGAAAUAAAUAGAAGUAUAUCUCUAGAUGAGCCUAAUCAUUUAAAGAGUGAAAUGGAAUCUGCUAGUCCUGAGGAAUUGCGUCAGCGAGCUUUGGAAGAAAAGAAGAAGCAUAAAAUUCUCAAAGGAGAAGGGAAAUCAGAGGAAGCUCUAAGAGCUUUUAAGAGAGGGAAAGAGCUUGAAAGGCAAGCUGAGGCUUUGGAAAUCUACUUAAGAAAAAGUCGUAAAAAGGUCUUGUCUUCUGGAAACAUGGCUGAUAGCCAGAAUAAAGAUGGUCCUAACGAAGCUGGUAGAAAAAAUACGAUCAUUCCUCGUGCUGGUAAAGAAAAGGACGACCUUGCUGCUGAACUCAGAGAACUGGGAUGGUCUGAUAAAGAUCUCUUCGAUGAAGGUAAAAAGUCUGUAAAUUUGAGUUUGGAAGGUGAACUCUCUUCUCUUAUUGGAGAAGUCUCUCAGAAGACUAAUAAAGAUAAGGGUGGUGGUGGCAUUGACAAGACUGAGGUUGUUGCUCUUAAGAAAAAGGCACUUAUGUUGAAGCGUGAGGGGAAGCUAGCAGAAGCCAAGGAAGAAUUGAAGCGAGCUAAAGUUUUAGAAAAACAACUUGAAGAACAGGAACUUUUGGCUGGAGCUGAAGAAGAUUCUGAUGAUGAGCUCUCUGUACUAAUCCGUAGUAUGGACAAUGAUAAAGAAGAAAUUUCUGUUCAAUAUGAGCGGGGGCAUGGUUUAAAUUUUGAUCACCUAGUGGGUGCUUCUGAUGACUUGAUUGUUGAUGGUAAUCUUGAAGUGACGGAUAAGGAUAUGGAGGACCCUGAAAUAGCUGCUGCUUUGCAAUCAUUUGGUUGGACUGAGGAAUCUAUUCAUCCUGAAAACAUUUCACACCAAUCUGUUCCUGUUGACAGGGAAGCGAUGUUAAGUGAAAUUCAUUCUUUGAAAAGAGAGGCUCUUAAUCAGAAAAGGGCAGGUAAUGUGGUGGAGGCAAUGACACAGCUUAAGAAGGCCAAGGUACUUGAGAGAGACCUUGAAAACUUUGACUCUCAAGAGGAUGACUUUAUUAUACAGAAUCCCAAAGUAAUUCAGAAACAUUCAACUUCUCUAUCUGCUGAUAAAUUUUUGAACUCAACAAAGGUAGAUGAUGCAAAUGUUAAUGCAAGGAAAGAUGUUGAUCCCAAACUUGCACCAAAGAGUAGAUUAACAAUUCAGAAAGAGCUUCUGAGUUUGAAAAAGAAGGCUCUUGCUUUGAGAAGGGAAGGAAGAUUGGAUGAGGCAGACGAAGAAUUGAAGAAGGGUAGUGCUCUUGAGCUUCAACUUGAACAGAUGGAUAAUAGUUUUGAGGUGAAGGCUACACGGGUUACUGUUGGUAGGAAAGACUCGGAUUUUUCCUACAAACAUACAGAUAUUAAUAGAAAUCUUCCACUUGGAGAAGGAGAAGGCGAAGAUGAUGUAACAGAUCAAGAUAUGCUUGAUCCAACAUAUCUAUCAGUUCUAAAGAAUUUAGGUUGGACUGAUGAGGAUAAUGAGCUUGCAAACUCUGCAUCUAAACCUUCUAGGCAAGAUGAUAAUCACUCUGUGCAGAUAAUUGAGCCUUCUUCAACUCACUCCCCAUCUAAUACUCUAGUCAGAACGUCUAGAAGUAAAGCUGAACUCCAGAGGGAACUCUUAAACUUAAAGAGAAAAGCUCUUGCUCUGAGACGCCAAGGGAAGGCAGAGGAGGCAGAGGAGGUUCUGAGCAAGACUAAGGCAUUAGAGGCUCAGAUAGUGGAGAUGGAAGCUCCGAAGAGAGAAGUUCAGAUUGAAUCUAAUAGGUCUAAAGAUGAAAACUUCAAGACCCUUGAGGGGAGUUCAUUGGAAGAAGUUGCUGAAGUGCACAUAACAGAAAAAGAUAUGCAUGACCCAGCAACACUCUCAGUUCUAAAGAAUCUUGGAUGGAAUGAUGAAGAACUUGCACCUGUAACCAUGCAAGAAAUACGUAAACAAGUUUCUGUCAGUACUCAUACUGCAGAUCCAUCUGUAAUUGAAUCCUCUUUUGACACUCCUAUUGCAGCAGCGCCUAGAAAUAAGGGAGAAAUCCAAAGGGAACUUUUGGGUUUAAAAAGAAAGGCCCUUGCUCUUAGACACAAGGGAGAAACAGAACAGGCAGACGAAACAUUGAGGAUGGCUAAGGUUUUAGAGGCCCAGAUAGAAGUUUUGGAAGCCGCAAAGAAGGAACCUCUUAUUAAUGCGAUCGAGGAUAAAAGGCCUGAGCCUUUUGAAUUAUUGGUAACUCAUGAAAAGCAUGGGAAAUCAAAAGAUACAGUCGAAGUGAAUAAAGGGUCAGCCCCAGCAGCAGAGAGUACAAACAAACAAGUUGUUGAGUCAUCAAUGGGUUUAGGAAGAUUGGCAAGUGACAUGGUUAAUCCUCCCUUGAGGAAUGCUGAUGUUUCAAUUUCCCUAAUCUCUCAGUUCACUGAGGAAAAUAGUUCAUCUUCUGUAAAAUUGGGUACUCCAGGUGAAAUGAGUCCUCCAGAAAAUACCAAAACAGAAGGUGCUGAUUACGUAACUCCGCCUGGACAUUCUGUAAACUUGAUGGAUCUGCUGACUGGUGAUGAUUGGAGUUAUUCUCGCAAGCCUGAUGAAAAGCAAGAGAAGAAAUUAAAUUUUGGUUCUGAAAAUUGGUCUACUACUAGUUCCACUACCCAUUUGGGGUCCCUGACAAGUGCCAAAGGAGAUCUGGGACGGAAGGACAAUGUUACAACUGAGAAAAAAGAAAUGGUGCAUGCUGAUGAGAAGCCAAAUAUAUAUAAUGCAAGUUCAGUUCAGGGACUUGCUUCUCAGAAGAAUGACAGCUCCCUUCAUCAAGAAAUUUUGGCUCAUAAGAGGAAAGCAGUUGCCCUAAAGAGAGAAGGGAAGUUGGCAGAAGCUCGAGAGGAACUUCGUAAGGCAAAGUUGCUUGAGAAGAGUCUUGAGGAGGAAAAUUCCCAGCCAAAAACUGCUCCUAGUGAUGUGUCUACAUCUAACAUUCAUUCUGUUGGAAAAAAGGAUCAUGGUACAUCAAAUUUGGCUCCGAAACCAUUGUCCAGUCGCGACCGUUUCAAAUUGCAACAGGAAUCUCUUGGCCACAAGCGUCGAGCUUUAAAGCUGCGAAGGGAGGGUUUUACAGAGGAAGCAGAAGCUGAGUUUGAGUUAGCCAAGGCACUUGAGACCCAGUUGGAGGAGUUGGCUGAGUCUUCUGGGAGUAAAUCAGAAACGGUAGAUGAUGUGGUUGUUGAGGUUCUUCUCGAUCCUCAACUGUUAUCUGCCUUAAAAGCAAUUGGACUAGAAGACACUAAUAUGGCAGAAGCACGCAUCCCGGAAAGAAAAGAACCUUCGAAACCCAAUGUUGGUAAAAGUGAAACCUCUACUCUAGAGAGAACUCAACUGGAAGAACGGAUCAAGGCAGAGAAGGUAAAGGCAGUAAACUUGAAACGUUCAGGAAAGCAAGCUGAGGCCAUAGAUGCUCUUCGGCGUGCCAAAAUUUUUGAAAAGAAGCUGUUGGCUUUACAAUGAAGAAAUAAGGAUAUUCCAUUUUGAAGUUGAGAAAUUCUACUGUAAGCUUGUAUGAUUCUGCAGGUGAGGUUGCUAUUGGAAAAUAACUUCAAAGCAGGAUGAGAUGGAAGAUAUUUAUGAAUCUUCUCUUCCAUUGUUUGAUUGUAUUGCAAAUUUAGGUUGAUGAAUGGUAGAUGAAAACUGUAUAAUCACUUAUAAAGAAAACAAUUUUUGCUUGAAA